CGAAUCCACAUCGCUAUUGUUUUGCGAAUUUUUAAAUAACUAAUAGAGGGUCAUUCUGAAGGCAUAAUGCUAUUUACUUAAUGGACUUGAACUGCAAUACUGCUUUUCCUGAUUAAAUGGUAUUUUUUAUUUUGCAUGAUACAGAAUGACAGCUGAUUUUUCUAUUCUCUAAUCGAUUUUUUACUGUGAGCAUAACUGAUAUAUAGCACUUUGACUGUUGUACAUUAAUCGUUAAAUUGCCUGCUUGUUGACUGAAGAAUGGAGGUACUCUUCUUCGCCCUGUUCACGCUGGUGCUACUGGACGGCAUCGGAUCUCUGCUUGCCAUGCCUCGCAGCAUCUGCCCAGACAUCUGCCCUCCAGGAAAAUACCGGUUAAAAUGUGCAUGCGCUUCCUGCCCCCCGGACACCUUCACUGCUUUCAAUAAUACAGAGAGCAGAUGCAUGCCCUGCUACCGUGACUGCAGAGAAGAUUUACACAUGGAGAUUGUGAAACGGUGCAGUAACACAUCAAACACUGUGUGCAAGUGUCAAGAUGGCUACGCCUGUGUCAGGAAGGACUCCCAGAACUACUGUGAAGUUUGCGAGCCUCAGCCGUCUCCUUCAGCUGCUGAAACAUCUGAUCCCUGUGAGCCUGGUGCUUUCUACAGUGAGACUUUUAGAAAGUGUGAAAAGUACAAAAACUGUACCUCCCUUGGCCUAAGCGUUGUGACUGCAGGAAAUUCUACCCACGAUGCAGUUUGUGACAGGCCUACAACAAGUGCAGGUACAGCUCAUGAACAUAAGAUCGAUACAAAGUGGUGGCACAUCCUGGUUGGAGUUUUUACACUUUUUCUGUGUAUAGCAGUUGUCCUUCGUUUUUUCUGGAAGUUGGAGGAUGGAGCAUGUUUAAAACAAAUUAUCAAGAUAAGUACACCGGAUGGCCACAUGGAUGCCAGCAAGGGUUAUGGAGUCCUCUGUGGCCAGACGGCAAACUACUGUGGGACACCAGGAAAUGACCAUCAGCCGGACAGCCGUUUGAACACCCCGCUGGGCCCAGAUUCAGUGUCCCAUGGAGCCGGCAAUCUCGGUCCCUUUCAUAUUUAUAGUGCAGGGACGGUUUUUGUCAGCCUUCUGAAUCAUGUUACUGGCUUUGAAAAAGAGGCAGAAGAAGACAGAAAGGGUGAGAAGAAGGGCGACGACUGGUUGGGACCGACCCCCGUGCCAUCCUCUCCCCCUGUGCACCUCUCCGAGGAAGAGAGGGAUGGACAAUCACACAGCAUUUUCUUUCCAUCCCAAGAACAAGGAAAAGAGACUCAUUUAUCUAAAGAAGAGAGGAUGUGAAUUGGUAGAUACAAGUGGAAAGACUCCUGGUCCAGGUAAUCAGCAUAACUACCAUAGGACAUGUAGUAGGAUAUAACUACAGCAAGACUUGUGUUUUUCUCCAUCUGGCUCAGAUGUAAAUAUGUCUAUUGGAAUUUAGUUCUGUGUAAUGUUUUAUAGUAUUGUGUGAAGAUUUCAUUUAUAAUAUAUUUUGUAUUUAUGUUUCUGUUAUAAAAUUAAUAAACAGAUUUUUACAA